AGGCAGGCUCAAGAAAUCUAGCAGUAGUUGCAGAUCUUCCCUGCCCAGCACCCGCCGAACACCGCAGCGAAGCAGCACCUGCCGCCCGAGAUGCGCUCCUCCCUCGCUCGCCUGGCACCUGCCGUCGCUCGCUUGCGCGUGGAGGGCCGUCGAAGCAGCUCCUGGCAACUCGGGGCUGGCGCCUUGGCCGGCAGCGCCAUUGGCGCGGCCGCCCUGUGCGAGAGCAAGACGACCUUGGGAUCUCCGGUGGCGACAAAUCGUGAGGUCCCCAGGGACCAGGACCUCCGGAUCAUUGGCUUGGAGGAGCUUCGGGCCCACAACAACAUGGACGACGGUUUGUGGAUCUCGUACCACGGCCACGUCUAUGACGUGACCCACUUCGCGCGGAUCCAUCCGGGUGGCCCGGGACGCAUCCAAAUGGCCGGUGGAAGUGACCUACAGAAGUACUUUGACGUCUACCAUGUUCAUCCUGAUGUGAGCAAGUUUCUGGACCGGACCUGCUUGCUUGGCCGUCUCACUGCCGCAGAUGCCAAGAGAUCGUACGAGGAGACGAUCUUCGGAAAUCCCUACGAGGAUGAGCCUCCACGAGACCUGCAGCAGACCAUUGCCAAAGCACCGCGCUGGGCCAAUCUCAUGGGUCCAUACCUGUUGGACUCCUUCCGAACGCCGCUGCGAGGCUUCUAUGUGAGAAAUCACUUCCCAGUGCCUAGCUGGGAGGAUGUGGAGAACGACUAUGAGUUUGAGGUCUCUGUCCCCGGUGCUACACGCAGCUUCAAGUUGAAGGACUUGAGAGCUUUGCCACAAGCUACAGUGGAGGCCACGCUGAUCUGCGGUGGCGCUGCAUUGUACCCAAGGUAUUUACACCGAACGGAGAACCGGGAAAGCUGGGAACAGAAGGAGUUCCCGCGGCACGAAGUGAACAACAACUUUUGGGGCAGCCAUGCCGUUUGGACUGGCGUGAAGUGUCGCGAUGUUCUGCGGCUGUGCGGUCUAGACGUGGAUGCCCUGGCACUGGGCGAGAAGCCCAUGCCUGCCAAGUAUUUGCGCUUGACAGGGCACGAUGCCGACGAGACGGGCGCCAGUUUCGGAGUGACGAUUCCCUUGGAAAAGGCUAUCGAUCCCUUUGGCGAUGUACUGCUGGCCACUACCAUGAAUGGCUCCACCCUCCCUGCAGACCACGGCUACCCCGUGCGGGUCUUGGUACCGGGCUUCGCCGGGGUGCGGAACUGCAAGUGGCUGGCGAAGAUGGAGCUGUCGGACGAGCUCCACAGCAGCCACGUGGACACUCACACAGAUGAGGUGAUUUAUCCUCCCAACAUGAACUUCGAGGAUCACGUCGCCAAGGCCUCUUUCACCGGUCAGGCUGUGAAGCGCGCGGGUCGCUGGGAAGGAGACCAAGACAAUGAGGUGUUCAGAGUGAUGGAGAUGCCAGUGCAUAGCAGCGUGCUCGUCCCGGAGCUACACAGCGUCGUUGGGAAAGAGGCCAUCGCCGAGGUUCUGAAGGAGGGCCUUGAGGUGAAGGGCAUUGCGCUGGGGGGCGGAGGGCACCGCAUCGCUCGUGUGGAUGUGUCCAUCGACGGCGGGAAGAGCUACAUCCCAGCAGAUCUGGACGAUCACGGCAUGGAGAAGGUGCACAAGCGGAACUACCACUGGUCCUGGUAUUGGUGGUCCAAGAAAGUGCCACUCAGUGAGGAGAUGAAGCAUCAGCUGCUGGCGGGCCAAUCCCUCACCCUGCAGGUGGUCUCCCGUGCGAUGACGGAGCAUGGGAACACGCAGCCGAGCCGGCAGGACGCCGUGUCCUUGUACAACCUCGUGGGGAACAUCUGCAACUACCAGACCCACACGCCGGCUGCUUUGACCUGCCUUUACAUGUUUUUACUCACCUUUUUUCAUGGGGUGGUUCUUCCACUUUGCGAUUCUUGUUACCAGGCAAGCAACGCACAGCUAGGGCUGGUAGGAUCAUGUGACAUCACCAGGCUGGCGACUCUGAGCCAAAGGCUGCUUGCUUCCCACGAUCCUAGACACUCCAUCUACAUUGACCCCAGGUCAACCACCCCAACUGAUCGGAAGUCAUAAGUAAUAUACUGUAAUCAUAUGUGCCAGUCUCAGUCUUUGGAUGUCUUUGGGGGCAUAUGUGGAACCCCUAUUUUGGGAUGGAGGAUCCAUGAACAUGUGUGUCCCUGUUUCCUUUUGUUCUUUUUCCGGGUCUCCUGUUGUGAGUCCUGGUCAGACCGUCAAGGUCAACCUGCACAGGUCCACGGUCGGGCCGCGGCGAACGGACCGCGUCUCAGGUAGUGAUAGAUCCACGCAGAUAGGGUGGAACUGCAAGGAACUGCACCUGCGAAAUGCGACAGUGACUGCUUGCGGGAUUCAGACUCCUGGGAGACUUCGAUGACGAUGUUCGAGUGAAUCCUGGGGCAAUGUGUUUCUUUUUUUAAACAAUUAACUUAAGAACGAAGUCUGUGUAAAGUGAAUAUGGUGAAUGUACAUGGCACCUGGUGACCGGACAAAAUCCUGGAAAAAUCCGACUGGUGCCAAAGUACGACGUCCUGAAUUUGCUGGAUGUACAGUGAUAGCAGAUGAACAAGUGCUAGGUCAAGCCUCAGACCCCCUUAGCUUUGAAU